AUGAAUUCAAAUCAGUGCUUACCUGAACUGGUGGAGGAGAAGAACACCCUGGACCCUUCUUUUGUGCACGCGUUGCGCCUGCUUGCAGAAGAGAUUGAAAAGUAUGAAGGCGACGAUUUGAGAAAAGAUGGCGACAUAAAGAAAUACCUAGAUAUCAUCAGCAAUAAAAAUAUCAAGCUCUCCGAAAGAGUUCUCAUUCCAGUGCAACAGUAUCCAAAGUUUAAUUUUGUUGGGAAGCUGCUGGGACCACGGGGAAAUUCCAUGAAGCGAUUGCAGGAGGAGACUGGGGUGAAGAUGUCCAUCCUCGGCAAAGGAUCCAUGAGGGAUAAAGGCAAGGAGGAAGAACUGAGGAAAAGCGGGGAGGCCAAAUACGCCCACCUGAGUAAUGAUCUGCACGUUUUAAUUGAAGUCUUCGCUCCACCUGGAGAGGCCUAUUCCCGCAUGAGCCACGCCUUGGAGGAGAUUAAAAAAUUCUUAGUUCCAGACUAUAACGACGAGAUCAGACAGGAGCAGCUGAGAGAGCUGUCCCUGCUGAACGGCUCCGAAGAGUCGAGCAGAGGGAGGAGUGCACCGGGAAGGGGCGCGCGGCCGGCAACCGCAAUCUCCACAAGGGGCCACAGAGGCACGGGGAGGAGGGCGGCAGCGGCGGCGGCGGCAGCAGCGGCACCCCGGGGGGCAGCGGCAGCGGCAGCUCACAGCAAACUUCCCACGACCGGUUUAACGAGAGAGGGACAAGCGCCGAGAGCCAGGGGGGCGGCGGGGAGCGCUGCAUACAGGGUCCCGCUGUUAGCAGUCACACAUGAGUCCUAUGAUGACUACGGCUACGAUGAUGGAUAUGGAGGAGAAUAUGACGACGAGAGUUAUGAGCCCUACGAGGAUAACUACAGCAACCAGUCGAAGAGCAUUUCAGAUUACUACGAAUACGGACAUGCGACCAGUGAUGAAUCCUACAACAACUAUGAGGAGGAGUGGCCGACCGCCCGUCCCAGUCUCAAAGCCCCGGCUUUACGGCUGACGAGAGGGGGCUACAGGAAACAUCCCUAUGCUGCAGAUCAGUGUGUGUAUGCAGACACCUCACUUCCUGUUUGA